CCGCGCGCGCUCUAAAUCUCGCUUCGCUGCUGCUCUGGAUGGCAAGACUCGUGAGGGAGAGAGGUGCAUCAAGUGAGGGGAAAGAGCCAUGGCCAAGCCGAGUAUAAAUCCGCGGCAACUGCCCGCCACCUAGUGCAAGUCACAAGUGGACGGUGUGUUCACGGCGCCCGACCCUAUCCUCCCUGCACCUGCACCUGCACCUGCACCUCCUCCCAUUGCAUCGUCGCCCUCAUCUACUACUGCUGACCGCCUCCUUCGCAAUGGCCUCCCUCCUCUUCACUCUGCUGCUCAGCAGCAGCCAGGUUGAGGCAGCCUCUUUCAAUGGCCUGGCUGUCACACCGCAGAUGGGUUGGGAUGAUUGGAAUGCCUUCGCGUGCGACGUGGACGCCGACCUCCUGGCCACCUCCGCCCGCUCGAUCGUCGACCUGGGUCUGCGAGAUCUGGGUUAUGAGUAUGUCAUCCUGGACGACUGCUGGUCUAAGGGCCGCAACACGUCGGGCAAUGGAUCUAUCAUUGUGGACACGACCAAGUUCCCCAGUGGCAUGGCCGCGGUUGCCGACGACCUCCACAGUCUGGGUCUCAAGUUUGGAAUGUACUCAGACGCAGGAAGAUGGACGUGCGGACAAUACGAAGGCUCGCUUGGCCAUGAGACGGUUGACGCCCAGACUUUCGCCGACUGGGGGGUGGACUAUCUGAAAUACGAUAACUGCUAUAAUCAAGGCGAGGCCGGGACGCAAUAUCUCAGUCGCAAUCGGUACAAUGUCAUGAGCCAGGCUCUCAAUGCCACUGGACGCCCGAUCCUCUACUCGCUAUGCAACUGGGGCGAGGACUAUCCCUGGAACUGGGGAAGCACCAUCGCGAACUCGUGGCGGAUCUCAGGCGAUGUCUACGAUUCCUUCGACCGACCUGAUGCUCGUUGUCCCUGCGAUGGUCCAGACGCCUGGGACUGUGGCCUACCCGGCUUCCACUGUUCCACACUCAACAUCAUCAACAAGGCCUCAUUCAUCGUUUCCAAGGCACAGAGCGGAGGCUGGAACGACCUGGACAUGCUCACCAUCGGCCUAGGCGGCCAGACAGAUGCUGAGUACGUGACACAAUUCUCGAUAUGGUGCGCAGCCAAGAGCCCUCUCAUUAUGGGCAAUGACUUCUCCAAGAUCAGCAACUCGACACUGUCCAUCCUCAUGAAUGCCGCCGCCAUUGCCGUAAACCAGGACCCGCUGUACUCGUCUGCCGCCCGCCGGUGGUAUUAUGACACCUCGGACACAGACGAGAAUGGGCGCGCCUCGAUCCAGAUGUGGUCCGGCAGCCUGAACUCGACGACAAAUAGCGAGUGGGACGACAUGGUCGUCGUGCUCAUCAACGGCAACAACUCGCCCACAACCAUGAACGCCACGCUGGCCGACAUCUUCAUCGACUCCGGUACGGAUGGCACCGCCCCUCAGGUGGCCCUGAGCUGGGAGGUGCGCGAUCUCUGGGCAUACCGCCUGACGGACGAGGAAGCGCAGGCCGUGAUUGACGCAGCGAACGCGACAGACAGUGGGACCGGGCUGGCGGCCUCGAACAUUACCAACAUAUACAACGCCACAAAGACGUCGUAUGCCGAGGGGCUGGCGGCUCAGGAUGAGUUGCUGCUAGGCAAGGUCGUCAGCACUGUUGCUGCGCAGGGCUGA